GGCUGAUUGUCCAAGGGAGGCGGGUCCUUGGACAGCGGUUGGGGCGCGGUUGGGGGGCGCCGGCAGGACCGCAACCUUGAGUAGCGCGCUAGACGCCCGCACCCCGGUAUCUGCAGGAUAAAGGGUCUGUCCCGCGGGGCCAUGACCACCCCGGCGGGCUCGGGCGCGGGCUUCGGCUCGGUGUCCUGGUGGGGCCUGUCGCCGGCGCUGGACCUGCAGGCGGAGAUUCUAUAUGCUGGAGCACAACCUGGAGGCGGUGGCCCGACACAUGCUCCUCUUCAGCCUCGCCCUGGAGGACCCCGAGAAGAUGGGCCUGCAAGAGCGGAGCGAGACCUUCCUGGAGGUGUGGGGGAACUCGCGGCUGCGGGCCCCGGUGGCCGCCUUCGUGCGCGCGCAGGCCGCCCGCCUGGCGCUCCUGGUGCCCGAGCCCGACCGCCUGGCGCGGGAGCUGCCCUGGCUCCGCCUCUGCGCGCUCAAGUUCCGCGAACGCGACCAGCUGGAGGCGGUGCUCCGCUUCUGGUCCGGCGGGGAGCGCGGCCCGGAGGCCUUCCCCGUGGGCCGUCUGUGGGACGCGCGCGUGCGACACUACCUGGGCUCCCGCUACGACGCCCGGCGCGGCGUCAGCGACUGGGACCUGCGCAUGAAGUUGCACGACCGCGGGGCCCAGGUCAUCCACACCCAGGAAUUCGGCCGCUGGAGGGACACCGGCGUCGCCUUCGAACUCAGAGACUCCAGUGCCUACCACGUGCCCAACCGGACCCUGGCGUCCGGCCGGCUCCUGACCCACCGCGGGGAGCGCGUGGCAGCGCGCGGGUACUGGGGGGACAUCGCCACCGGGCCCUUCGUGGCCUUUGGCAUUGAGGCGGACGACCAGAGCCUGCUGCAGACCAGGAACGGGCAGCCGGUCAAGACUGCGGGGGAGAUCACGCGGCACAACGUGACGGAGGUGCUCCGAGAGUUGGCCGCCUGGGGGCGCCCGAGAGCCUCGCAGGGGAACCCGCAGCAGGAGCACCCGGAGCCCGCGGGCAGCACCGAGCAGAGGAUGUCAGGAGAACCCUUCGCGCUGCACUUUCUGCCCCUCGGAUCUGCGCACGCGCUGCACCACAAAGGCUGCUACCAGGGCCGCUUCCAGCUCCUCUACGUGGCCUGCGGCAUGGUGCACCUGCUCGGCCCCGAGCUCGCGGCCUGCGUGGCCCCCGGAGGGAACCUGGUGGUGGAGUCGGCCCGGUUCCUGGUGGACCUGCGCCCGGAGCAGCUGCAGGCCUUCGCGGCGCGCGUCGGGGAGCUGGCGGGAGCGGCCGGCUUCACCCCGCGCGCCCCGGCCGGGCCCGCGGAGACCUUCGCGCGCUUCACCAAGCCGAGGCCCGCGGGGUCCGAACACCAGCCUCAGAGCCCCUCCCUUGGCGCCCCCAGUCUCGGGGGCGGGAGCCCCUCCCCGGAUGCUGCAGCCCCCUCCCCAAGACCUGACCGCGCCCACAGCGAGCCGGCCUCCCACGCCAGGGUGGGAACCCGCCCCGAGCCCCAGAGCCCCUCUCGGACUUCUAACGGGGGCUCCGGGGAUCAGGAGCCCCCCGAGGGACUCUGACCACUUCCGGCGUCUCUCGGUUCCUGCUCAGCCUUGCGCUCAGCCCCAAAUCACUGCAGAGCGGGGUCUUCCCGCUCCCUGCUGGGGUUCUGACUGCGAGUCCCAGGCCCCGACGGUGUCUCUCAACCUCAGACACCCCACACCUCCCCGGCCCCGCCCCGGCAUCCCAGACUGCAGAUGCGCCCAGCCCCCAGCCCCACCCAGCCUCCGGCCCCCCCUCCCAGCUGGGACUGGGGCGGCGCCCACGCAGCUCAGUAAAGAGUUCUGUGUCUCCCUCUU